UGCCCGAUUGCAGCGGCUUCUCUUCGUUGCCUAGACCAGAAGAAAGCCGGGACGUGACGGAGCCGGGGGGGUUCUGCUUGCUGGAGGCCCGCUAAACCACCGAUAAAUACAGCUUCCUCACUGCUUCUUCGUCGCUGAAGAGACGUUUGUGACCUAACUUGACCCUUCGUCUUUUUUUCAUCUUAGAACUAAUUUCACAAACAUGUCCUGGCAAAGCUACGUGGACAACCUGAUGGCUGAUGGCAGCUGCCAGGACGCGGCCAUUGUUGGGUACACGGACGCCAAAUACGUCUGGGCAUCAUUUGUCGGCGGUACCUUUGCCAACAUAACGCCUGAAGAAAUCGACGUGUUAAUAGGAAAGGACCGCGAGGGAUUCUUCACAAGUGGGCUGACCUUAGGCAAUAAAAAGUGCUCCGUAAUCAGAGACAGCCUCACAGUUGACGGCGACUGGACAAUGGACAUCCGGACAAAGAGUCAAGGAGGAGAGCCAACAUACAACGUUACUGUAGGCAGAGCCGGCAAAGCAUUGGUUUUUGUCAUGGGGAAGGAAGGUGUCCAUGGAGGGCAGCUCAACAAGAAAGCAUUUCAGAUGGCUGAAUACCUGAGGAAGUCCGGAUACUAAAGCAGCCUGUACCCAGCCACCUAGCAGCUCACCCUUACCACCCUGUUGCAUUUCACACUACUUCCAGUCCUAGUUGGUAGUUACUUUUUUUUUUUUUUUUUCUUUCUCUGCCUUCUCUCCUCCCCAUUUGUUAUCCCAUAUUUUGUUAUCCUCUCCCUUCAACACACUUGCGCUGUGUACUCUUACCCCCUUAAGCACUAUAAGUUGAUCCAUAGCAAAGACGAGCAUGUUGCUAACAGGAUGUCAUGACAAAUCUGUACUUAACCAAGACCAGCAAAACAAAACAAAAAAAAUCUGGCCAAACACUCGGACAAUGAAAGCUCUAGCGUCAAUUUGAAGUAGAUAUUUCUUUUUCUUUCUGUCAUAGUGCCCAUUACUUAAUCCCUCCCGAACCGAUCAUACACACUCCCUCCCUGAGCAGCCGAUGCCUUUGGAGCACUUGAGCGGUAACCAAGCUCGUCAUGUCUUCCUCUUUAAUUUCCCCCGUCAUGUCCGGGAGGGCAGACUGCGUGCAUAUGGCAGUCCACUGUUUCUGUCUCACGCCCACACACUACUGCCCACCCUCCCCCUCCUUCUCGCACUUCCUCCUGCCAAAAUGUUUAGUUCCUCCCCCUUACCCUGUUUCCCCAUCCUGUUUGCCCAAAACAGGUGACAGUACAAACCUCACAGGAGAUUCUCCUCUUCAUCAAACACUCAACCAACCAGUCCCCUAACCCCCUCUCCUUUCAGAUCCACUACUUUGUCCUGAAUACAUUUUCUAAAAGGGGGGAAGGUGUGUUUGGGGGGUGCUCAGAUGGGCUCAGGAUUCGCAAGCGUUGGUGUCGUCCAGAUGCUGGUAGCCUCUCCUCCCGCCACUCACUCCCCCGACUACACGAAAACCCCAUGGACAUUCCACAGUAACAAUGGCUCAGGCACUUAAUACUGUUUUUGUUUGCCAGCUCCUGUAAUAUAUUUUCUUUUCUUUUUUUUUUCUUUUCUUUUUUUUUGAAAGGCUGCCAUUUUUGGACAGUAGAUAUCCCAGCAUAUAACCAUCUGGAGCGUGUCCAGUUUAAUUUUUUUUUUCUUUUUAUAGGACCAAGUGUAGUCGAAGCUCGGGUGUUUAUACAAUUGCUCUAAAACAUGUGAAGGAUGACCGCUAACUUUUUUGAUGAAGGAAAACGCUAACCAGACAGUAACACUUAUCAUGGUUAAAAAAAUAUGAAGCUACAGGGGAGGUAAGGGUGGGAGUAUUUGAAGAAAAUUCUCACUUCAUUGUUUUUUUUUUUUUCUUUUCUUUUAUUGUUUAGAAAAGAAACGACUGCAUUUGUACAAACCCAUGCUGUGUUGACAACUACAAAACUGUGGAAUAAAUUGCCUUUUACUCUAUAGUCAGCUGAGCUCUGGGGUAUCACAUGGUCUGUCCACGCUCAGUACUGCUAACUGUAACGUCCAACUGAAAAAAAAAACACUUACAAAAGUAGAAAUGACACUCAAUGGGAGAUGGGAUUGGUUGGAACAAAGACGCUUCUGGUUGUCUUGUUGAAACUUAACUGCAGAACCUGUGUAUCCUGUGCCAUAAAUAUAGAGAGAUCUGUUGCUGUUGUAAGAUGGAUUUUACCCACUGUCCACUAAAGAGUCAUUUCAUUGGCACUUUUUUUUUCUUUUUUUUAGCUUCAGCUCCACUGUUUAGGCCUUGUGGGAUAUGUGUACUCAUAAAAAAAAAACCUGUUUCAAGUCCUGUUUGCUGAUUUAUGUUCAUUUCCUUUUUCCUCACCACUUUUUUUUCUUACAUCUGGGAUACAGUCUCUUUAAUGCAUCUGAUUUCAUAUGCAUAAACCAAGAAAUGCCAUAAAUUGAUUUAUCACCUUGUUUACAGACAGAUCAAAUAAAUUUAUUCCAACCAGA